AUGACAACGAUAGUUACAACAACAGCAACUAAAGAUUCAUUAUCUCCAACAUCAUCAAUAAAUUAUACUGUUUCACCACCAUCAACAACAUCUUCAUCUCCAAUACUAUUUUAUCAACAAAAUCAAUCAUCAUUAUCUGAUAAUGAUUUAAAUUCAUCAACUGAUUCAAUAGAUACUUUAAAAUCAACUACAUCAACUAUAAAAUAUAAUAAAUCAUCAUCAGAAGAAUUACAAUCACAAACACAGUCACAUAAUUAUUCAAUACCUAUUCAAAUUACUGCCCCAUCACCACAAUUACCUUCAACGUCAGUACUAGAAGCAUCACAACCACAACCAAAAAAGAAAUUCAAUAUACCAAAUUAUUAUGUUCCACCAAAAAACACACAUCAAGAACAAUUGCAACCACAUAUUUCAUCUUCUACAAAUUCAACUACAUCUUCUUCAAAUUCUUCAUUAUUAUCAUUAAAUGAUUUUACACAACAUAAACAACAACAACAACAACAAGAAAAACCAAAAUUAUUACGUAAAAAAUCAGGAGAAUUAAUAAAAUCUUCUUUAAAAUUAUCACCACAUUCAUUUUUACAAAGAUCAAUUUCAUCACCAAAUAUUAUACAAAAUAAUGGUAAUAAUAAUAGAAUAGAUGAAAUAUUAAGUCCAAGAAAAUCAGUUAGAUUUGCUUCAAGAUUAAUUAAUGUUAAAAUGUUUGAUGGUUGUGAAUCUCCUGCUUCUGUAUCAAGUUUAAAUUCUCCAUGUGAUUCUCCACCAAAUGAAAUUAAAAGAAAAUCAUUAUAUAGUGUAAAUGAUUUUUCUGAUUUUAAUAAUAAUCAUCAAAGAUCAAGGUUUGAUAAUAAUAUAGAUGAAUCAGAAGAAGAAGUAGAUGAUUCAUAUUUAGAUAAUUCACAAUAUUUUAAUAAACCAAGAAAUGAUUAUUUUGAUUUUGAUUGGAAUUGGCAUAAAUCUGAUGAUGAAGAGGAUUUAUUAAGUGAACGAGAAGAUGAAACUACAGAAGAUGAAGAUGAAGAAGACGAUGAAGAAGAAAGUAGGUCAAAAGAGUAUAGAUUAAUUUCUCAUGAUAUCCCUAAAUUACCAUCUACUAAAAGUAAUAAUAAGAUUUGGUUAACAUCAGCAUAUAUAAUGAAAUCAACUCCACAAUCAACCACAACAUCAUCAAAGUCAUCAGCAUCAUCAUCAAAACAAUUUUUAAAUGGUAUUUUCCAAGUAUCUAAUUUAGGAUUUGAAAAAAAAUUCUCAAUAAAAUUAACUUUUAAUAAUUGGAAAUCAAUUAUAAAUUUUGAUGGAUCAUCAAGAAUUUCAUAUAUAAGAAGUGUAAAUUCCAAAAUUGAUGAAUUUAAAUUUAUGAUAAAUUUAAAUGAUUUAUUAAAUUGUUAUACUCAUAAUUCAAAAGAGGAUAUUCAAGAAAAAAAUAUAACUAUUAGUUUAUGUAUAAAAUAUGAAGUUAAUGGUAUUGAAUAUUGGGCAAAUAAUCAAGGUAAAAAUUAUAAUUUUAAUUUAAUUGAAUUAUUAAAUCAAAAACCUACUCAAAAGAGUCAAUCACCAAAUAAAUUUAUUUCAAGAUCUCAAAAUUCUUCACCAGCUCCAUUUAAAGAAAUUUGUUCAAAGUUAAUAAAUUAUCAACAAUCUCAACAAUUAAAUAAAAAUAGUAUAGCAUUAAAAUCUUUAAAUUCAAUUUCAAUGGGUAAAAAUUUUGAUGAUUCAACCACCAGCACUUCAACUAACUCAUCUGCAUUACCACCCAGACCUACAAUUAUGAGAAAAUCAUUUAGUUCAAAUGAUAUAACAACAUUAAAUAAACAUCGUUAUUCAAAUCGUCAAAAACAAAAAGAAUCAAAUACUACAACUACUACUACCACAAAUGAUGCAUCAUCAUUACAAAAUUCAUUUAGUAAUUUAUCAUAUUCAGAUAUUUUAAAUCAAUAUUGUUUUGCAAAUAAUAAUACAAAAAUUUCAAAUAUAACUACAACCACCACUAGUAAUUCUUCAAUUGAUGGAUUAAAUAAAUCAAACACAAGUGGAGUUAAUAAUGGUCAUUGUUCACCUGAACAUAUUGGUAGUACUGCAUCUACAUUACAUUAUUUUAGUGAUUCAAUUCAUAUUUAA